AGUCCAACCCACCUUUCUCAUUGUUGGGGUAAGUUUGGAAUGUGGCGGUCGGAUCGCUCACGCAGAGAAGAAAUCACGAAGGAACUACAGAAGAAGAGAAAGUGAGCGGUUUUGGUUUCAGAGGCCCAACUGAAACCCCUUUAGUUACAGGGAAGAAAAAGAACGGAAAGAAAACGCGGAGGACUUAAAACGUGUGAUCCACGUCUUGGUGGCUUAGACGAGCUCCUCUGUGUGGGAUAUUUCUACUUUCCAUAUGGCAAGCAGUUUUUCUGUCUGAGCAGAGAGCUUCAAAGUAAUCUAUGGCACUGCUUUCUUGUGACAAAGAUAGGAGAGGAUUUACAGCCUGAUGAAAGAGUAAAUACCCAUGAAGCACACUCCAAAAGACACAACAUGGAAAAAUAAAUUUUCUCCAGAGGAAAUCCAUGCCACCUACAAGAAUCACAGGAGAACUGGGUUAAAGACAGAAUAAUACCAAAUAAAAGGACCAAAACUACAGAUUUUAUUAAAAAAAGACCAACCUCCAACCCUAUGCAAAUGAGGUCCACUGUGAAAUAGCAACAGCAAUGGCAGAUAUCUCAGGCUAUAAGGAUGCCAGCAGCCGUCACCUGCGGCAUAAGCUGCAGAGUCUGAGCCGGCGCCUUGACGAACUUGAAGAAGCUACAAAGAAUCUUCAGAAGGCUGAAGAUGAGUUGCUCGACUUGCAGGACAAGAUCAUUCAAGCAGAAGGAAGCAGCUGUGCCCUGCUAAAUGAUGUUGAUCUUUUGCGUAAACGAGUCUUGAAAAUUGAAGGCAAGGAUGAAGAAGUCAGGAAAGCAGAAGAUCUUUGUAGGCUGGUUAGGGAGAAACUAGAGGCAGAAGAAAGCUUGAGCAAGCAAUUAAAAUCUGAAAUAGAGCGUCUGCAAAGGCGAAUGUCUGAAUUGGAAAAGCUUGAAGAUGCCUUCAGCAAAAGUAAAUCUGACUGUACCCAGCUUUGCUUGAGUCUAAAUGAGGAAAAAAAUCUAACCAAGAAACUCUCUUCUGAGCUGGAAAUGCUAAGAGCCAAACUUCAGGAGAUAGAGGCUUCGGAAGGCCGACUGGACAAAGCCGAGGUGUUCAUGAUGGGUGAGCUGGAAAAGUUAAAGUCUCUCAGGUUAAGUUUUUUAAAUGAGAGGAAAACUCUGCUAGACAAGCAGAAGCAAGAUGAACAGAUGAUCCGGGAACUGACUCUUAAACUAGAACAGAACAACAGGAUCAAUUCAGAGGACCAAAGCAGAAAUGACCCCAAUCUGCUGCAGGACUCGCCUGGAGUUCAGGACCUUCGCAUUGAGGAUAGCUUGUCCUCCGGUUUAUCAAGUAAGAUGGGAGUGAGGAAAAAGAACCAGAAGCUUUCUGAUGAUGUCAGCCAACUAAACAAAUCUGAGAAUGAAAAAAAUGAGGGUCAGGAGGACAACAAGGUUAAGGAACUCACUCAAGAAAUUGAGAGGCUCAAAAAUCGCCUAAAGCAGCUGGAAGUAGUGGAAGAGAAUUUCAAGAAGACAGAGGCCAAAAAUGGUGAGCUUCAGGAAACUGUCCUGAUGGAGAAGAAUCGAAGCAAAGCUUUGAGCGAUCAACUAGAGCUGCUCAAAUCUCAGAUUAGUAGUGCCAAAAUUGUAGAGAAUGGAAAAGCUGAGAAUGAGGAGAUUAAUGUUCGAGGAGGCUUUAGACAUGAAAAGCCCAGGUUUAGGAGUGUUGUCUCAGAGCCAUUAGUACCUAAGAAUAAAAUCCGAGAGACGUCUCCUCAUCAGCGGCGGGGCAGGAUAGGGAGCAAAGAAGUGGUUCCAUCAGAAGAAGGAUCCCCAAAAUCUUUUAGGUCUCUUAGUCCUAGUUUGAAAAGUAAAAAAACAAACAGAACUGAGCCCAGUGUUAAGGAAAAGGUAAGGGGAGUAGAAAUAGCAUCCUCUACCUACAUGUUACCAAAUGCAAACCAAAGUGAACUGAAGAAACUCCGAGAUCAACCAUCUGUUCUUAGCCGCUAUCCUCCAGCAGCUAAUGAUCAGAUAGUCCAGAAAAACUGGAAGUCUUCAUCUAGAAUUGGAGAAAAUGAGGGCAAGAAAAGUCGUUUAGAAAGAAGCUCUCAAUUGUAUUGUAGUUCUGACAUGGCUACAAACAGCACUGGAGCACUUUUGGAAAAGCCAGUUAAAUCUGCCAAUGCACUGCUUUCUGAAAAGGAAAUAAAGGCAGACUCUCGUGGUAGACCUGUGGAAAACCAAGUAACAGCUACCCUGGCAAAAAAUAAUGCUGAAAUUCCAACUUACAGGUCUCAUGUUCCUACUUUCUCACAGGGAGAAUCCUUUAUAGAAAGUUCUCCACCUGCCUCUGAAACAGAAUCAACUGGGCCCAAGCGCUAUUCUUCAUUAGGAGAGACAGGACCUCUUUCUGACAUUUCAGCCCUGUGUAUCAAGAGCACACUAUCCAAGUAUCCUCGUUAUGCCCAACUACAAGAAUCCCUCUCUGAAGGAUCAUCUAGUCGAAGCUCCUUUGAAGAAGACCCAGGCCGUUUAAUAAAUACUGAAGGAGGCUCCUUAGAUUCUAACCACACUAUAUCAGAGGUUGAAAUUCGUAGAGUCUGCAGUCCAAGAGAGGCCUUAAGAUCAAAAGUAGUAAUUAAGCCAGCAAUUGUUGAAAUUGACAGAAAGGAAGUGAUGGGUAGUGCUGGAGCCGAGCCAUUCAUUGCAGAUAACAAACCCAAGUCAAAACCGUCUGGGAAUAAGGUGUCUAGUAGCAUCACUAUAUACCCAAAUGAACCAGCUUCUAUUAGGACAUGUGGCAGCAAUACAGGAGAAGUACCGAAAGAGAGGCAUACAUCAACCAGCAAUAUAAUGAUCAACUCCAGUGAGGCCCGAAGCACUGUACCUAUACCUUAUGAAAUCUCAAUCCCCAAGAGUGAUAUUACCCUGAAGUCAGCUGAAGAACAAGAAGAUGAACUUGUUACUGAAUGCAAACCUGAGGCUCAGCUCUCACAAAGCAGUAUCACUGUUAAGCCCCUGGAUAUGGGGGAAGCUAAUAAUAACAAUAAUGAUAUGGCAUCUGAGAACUGCAAAAGCUGGAGGAGCCAGCAGGGUCCAAAAGAGGACUCUCCUUCAGACGUGAAAAAUGUGACCGUUAGGAGUACCUGGAGGAACAGACUACCAGCACCUUCUUUAGAUGAAGCCCACAAAUCAAAAAGUGACAUCAAAGAGGCAGACUUGGACUCCACAACCACUUGGAGGGCAUAUCGAGCCACUACUAUUAUAGAUGGAGAAGAGAUGAGCCGUAUUUCAAAGCCAAGUCCUGCUGAGAUAUACAUGAGGAGGAUAAACAACAAUUCCAACUCCUUUGAUACCCCAGAACAAGUUCGAAGAAGCAAAAGUAGCUUGAGCUCUACUGAGGUCAUGUCAAGAACAAGCCAGCCUCAUGAACCGGUUAUAGCACAGGAGCUGACCCCCAGAAACUACCCUCAGUCAUCUGAAGAUGGUGCAGACUAUUAUGUCUCCUCCAGAAGGCGACUUUCACCGGCUGACUUAUUGUCUGACAGACUGCCCAAACCCGAGCUUACAGGAAAAAGAGGCUCUUCAAAAAAUGAUUUGUGGCAAAAUCCAGAGGGCACAUCUAUGCUUCCUCGAACAUCACGCUCUGAGGGUAGGACAGCAUCACGACCCUGGAAGGUGGACAACUGAACAAGAAAUCUUAUUGCCAAAUGUACAGAGGUACUCUGUCAUGACGUUUUCCA